AUGGUUAACUCAACGGCUAUACAUUUACGUGAAAGUACUAACGACAAAAGUUUGAAUGAAGAAAAUUCGUCAUUUAAUGAUUAUGCACACAAAAUACAUUUGAAAAAUCUGGCAUAUGUGGAAGAAUGUGGUGAUCGAGAGAUAAAGACAAAUAUACAUAGAAGCUUGGGAUAUCAGGGUUCAAUAGAAUGGACAGCCUCUGAACAAGCUAGGCUUUUCGCUGCACUAUUUUAUGGUGGUUUUAUAACAAUAUGGUUCUCGGGCUAUUUGGCCGAUAGAUUUGGCCCAAAGCUUUUGAUUGGAAUGGCAGUUUUAGAUAUGUCUGUAUGUUCACUCGUUUCUCCAGUGCUAGUUGAUCUGAAUUAUCAUGCAUUUUUUGUUGCCAGAUUUUUGAUGGGCCUUGGAGACGUAAGCUUAUAUUUAACAACGGCCAUGACAAAAGCUUAAUCAGAC